GCCCUCCCCCUUCAUUGUAUCAAACAUCAUCCGACCAAAGUCAUUAGGACUGCAUCAUUGACAUUCAAUUAUAACUCCGAAAAAGUCUUGACCAUGGCGAUCCACAGGCUUUUAAUUGCUUCCGUCUUAAUCUCCGUCCUUCUUCUUCAACUUGCCGAAGCUGACCAGAUGACGCAGGGAGUUGGAAAUGCAGGAGACAACUCGAAGCUUCUGAAAAUGGACUGCAGUGGAGCGUGUGCCGCCAGGUGUCAACUGUCGUCGAGGCCUCGCCUUUGCCAGAGGGCUUGUGGGACGUGCUGCUCCCGCUGCAACUGUGUUCCUUCGGGCACCUUCGGCAACCUCGACGUCUGUCCGUGCUACGCCAACAUGACCACGCGCGACAACAAGCACAAGUGCCCAUGAGAUGGUCAGGAAGUGGUUUGCAAAUACAAAUUCACAU